AUGAGACUAUUGUCCGCUGCCACAUGGUCCACAGCAGAUGAGCACCAGCAGGAGGAAGAGAGCAGAGCCACAUGGUCCGCAGCAGAUGAGCACCAGCAGGAGGAAGAGAGCAGAGCCACAUGGUCCGCAGCAGAUGAGCACCAGCAGGAGGAAGAGAGCAGAGCCACAUGGUCCGCAGCAGAUGAGCACCAGCAGGAGGAAGAGAGCAGAGCCACAUGGUCCGCAGCAGAUGAGCACCAGCAGGAGGAAGAGAGCAGAGUGGAUGGGUUGUUUCUGGACUGUAGCUUCGUUCCUCUGGACGUCCAGCUCGACAACUGGGACGAGAUGCCUCCAGCGUUUAGCCUGCGCCGAGAAAACAGAACACAGUCCUGGAGGCCGAGUCCUGGAGACCGAGUCCUGGAGACCGAGUCCUGGAGACCGAGUCCUGGAGACCGAGUCCUGGAGACCGAGUCCUGGAGACCGAGUCCUGGAGGCCGAGUCCUGGAGGCCGAGUCCUGGAGGCCGAGUCCUGGAGGCCGAGUCCUGGAGGCCGAGUCCUGGAGGCCGAGUCCUGGAGGCCGAGUCCUGGAGGCCCGAGUCCGAGUCCUGGAGGCCGAGUCCUGGAGGCCGAGUCCUGGAGGCCGAGUCCUGGAGGCCGAGUCCUGGAGGCCGAGUCCUGGAGGCCGAGUCCUGGAGGCCGAGUCCUGGAGGCCGAGUCCUGGAGGCCGAGUCCUGGAGGCCGAGUCCUGGAGGCCGAGUCCUGGAGGCCGAGUCCUGGAGGCCGAGUCCUGGAGGCCGAGUCCUGGAGGCCGAGUCCUGGAGGCCGAGUCCUGGAGGCCGAGUCCUGGAGGCCGAGUCCUGGAGGCCGAGUCCUGGAGGCCGAGUCCUGGAGGCCGAGUCCUGGAGGCCGAGUCCUGGAGGCCGAGUCCUGGAGGCCGAGUCCUGGAGGCCGAGUCCUGGAGGCCGAGUCCUGGAGGCCGAGUCCUGGAGGCCGAGUCCUGGAGGCCGAGUCCUGGAGGCCGAGUCCUGGAGGCCGAGUCCUGGAGGCCGAGUCCUGGAGGCCGAGUCCUGGAGGCCGAGUCCUGGAGGCCGAGUCCUGGAGGCCGAGUCCUGGAGACCGAGUCCUGGAGACCGAGUCCUGGAGACCGAGUCCUGGAGACCGAGUCCUGGAGACCGAGUCCUGGAGACCGAGUCCUGGAGACCGAGUCCUGGAGACCGAGUCCUGGAGACCGAGUCCUGGAGACCGACUUGCUCCAGCCUCUGCUUCAGCCUCUGUUCAGCCUCUGCUUCUGCCACUGCUACAGCCUCUGGAUUCUGCCCUCUGCCUUCAGCCACUGCUUCAGCCACUGUACUUCGCCUCUGCUUCACCUCUGCUUCAGCCUCUGCUUCAGCCUCUGCUUCUGCCUCUGCUUCAGCCUCUGCGGGGCCCAGCUGCAGCGUUCCCUGGACAGCUCGGUGACCGCUCAGCCAAGGCCUCUGAUUGGACGACGGACCCGGAGGGAGCUCCCCGCCGCCAUGAUGGCCGCGCUUCAGAACGGCACCGGUCCAACGGCAGAAGAAGACUCUGGGGUCCAGGACGAGGAAGAGGAGGUUCCUGGAGCUCAGGAGUUGGUGGACUUCUCUCCUGUUUAUUGCUGCCUUCACAUCUACACUGAACUGGGACUGCGUGACGAGUUUGAGAAUUAUUACCGGAAGCAGCGGCGGAAACAAGCGCGACUCGUGCUGCAGCCACAUUCUAACAUGCACGAGACGCUGGACGGAUACAGACGCUACUUCAAUCAAAUAGUCGGGUUCUUUGUGGUGGAGGACCAUGUUCUCCACACGACGCAGGGCCUGGUGAACCGGGCCUAUGUGGAGGAGCUCUGGGACCUGGCUCUGUCCAAGACUACAGCAGCUCUGAGGACUCACUCGUCUUACUGUGAAGACCCAGACCUGGUGCUGGAUCUGAAGAACCUGAUCGUGGUGUUUGCAGACACACUGCAGGGCUAUGGUUUCCCAGUGUCUCAGCUCUUUGACAUGCUUCUGGAGAUCAGGGAGCAGUACUCAGAGAUACUUCUACGACGCUGGAACCUCAUGUUCAGACAGGCCUUGGACCAGGACAACUACAGUCCCAUCCCAGUGUCCACAGACGAGGACUUCAGACUCUACACCUCACAGUUCCCUCUGCAGGACCCAGAGCUGGAGAAGCUGCCGUUCCCAAAGAAGUUGCCGUUCUCUGAGUUUGUGCCUAAAGUUUACUGUCAGCUCAAAGAGUUCAUCUACGCCUGUCUCAAGUACUCUGAGGAUCUGCAUCUGAGGUAA